AUGCCAUCUACGUUUGAAACGUUGUCCGAUGAAAUCUUAAUGAUUAUUCUAGAAUAUGCUGGUAAUGUUUAUAAUAUAUUUCGAACAUUUUCUGGAUUAAAUCAACGUCUGAAUAAAAUUCUUCUUGAUAGACGUUUGCAUUUAUUCACUAAUUUUUUAUAUAUACACCAUGAUGAUACAAACAUCGAUUACUAUUACAAUUCUACAUUAUUUCAUGAUAUAUGUAAACAAUUAUCAUCUAUGACAAUAACUAAAAGUGACGAAGCACUUCGACAAUGUUUUCAAUCGUUAGCUGUCUCUUUCAUCAAAGAACAAUCCAAUCGAUUGAAACAUGAAUUUCAAUCCAAUAUGGAAUCCUUUCAAUCUAUUCGUGGACAUCUUACGAAUGAUGAGAUGCGAAAUAUUGACAAAGAAUUGAAUAAAUCAUUCAACAAUUUACAAAAAUGUUCUAUAUCUAUCAAAAAUAUUGAACUAAUCACAUCACUUGUUUUAACAAAAGGUGCUCGUCUUGAAUGCGAUGAUAGAAAAUCCUGUGAAUUCAAUCUUGCUAAAGCAAUUAAUCAAUUGUUACUUGCAAAACUUAAUAUAGCUCAAUAUUCUAGUCAGCUAUUGAUCGAUUCUUUCAUUCAAAUGUUUAAAACACUCAUUAUUUCAAAUCCGAGUCUUUUAAAAAAUCAAGAUUAUUUUUACUCUGAUGGUUUUUGCAUUCACUUUUUUCUAUGCUAUUCUAUUAAUCUAACAAAUGAUAUUUUUUCUAAUAGAACAUUGAUUUCUAUCAAUAUGCAAUAUUAUCAAGCUGUUCUAGAUUUACUUCUCUUUAUUAUACAAUGUUUGAAACAUAUAUUUAAUCAGGAGGUUUGGGCGAAGAAAUGUCUUUUGGAUAUAUUAAACACGAUUAUUCCGAGAGAUAUUAUCAGAAACAAUGAAAUCUUUAUUUACGCAAGUUUAAUUGGACUAUUCGAUAUUAUACUCAACGACUAUAGUCUAGAAGAUAAAAUACUAUUGGAUAAAGAUUUUGGUGAUACAUUUCGAAGAAUUCUAGAUAAUCUUAUCGAAAACAACCAACUUCUUACAUUGCUAUCUAUUUAUCAUACAAAUGAACGCAUACGAAAUUUCUUUCAAAAUUCAUGGAAUAAUCAAAAAUAUGUAAAUAUAAUGACAACAAAUCGAACAGCAAGACAAUUUUUCCAUGCUCUCUUAGAUGACCAUCUAUUGAGAACAUGGUUAACAAGUACAGAUCUCUUGUUCGUUUUAUUAAAGAAGAAAGAAUGUAAAAUUGUGAAAAAAUUAUUGAAAUUAUCCCCAUCACUUGUUCAUCAAUUUGACGAAAAUGGUAAUGAUCCAUUGCUUUAUGUCUGUCUGAAGGUACGUGGUUGCCGAGAAUGCUUAGUCGAAUUUCUAAUCGAGAAGGGAUGUGAUUUGCAAAGAAGAAAUUUAAAAGGUGAAAAUCUGAUUGAUGUACUACAAUUAGAACGCAACCGACAACUAUUGGAAAGAUUAAUCGAACGGAAAGUCAUUCAAAUUGAUAAUGUUUCAGGUGAAAUAAAAGUUACUUUAGUUAAGUGA